UAAAAAAUUAUUUCCAGCUUGGAAACAUACCAAUAUUGCAUAAUUUGAGCUCUCUUAGAGUGCAACUGUCUUAGAAACUGUAGUAGAUUUUUAGCCUUGAUUUCUUGCCUAGUGAAGAUUUAGGUACUCUUAGUCACCAGAUAGCCAAGCCUGCCACCAUGUCUACGAUGGGACCAGAUGCCAAUGCUCCUUGGUACAUGAAGUACGGAGCUCGUGGCGUGGGCACUGCUGGAGGAAUAAUUGCGAUGGGCCUGGGCUUCUUCAACUGCCUGACAUUCUCAGCCUGGUGUCUCGUGGCUGGCAUCUAUCAGCUGUUUGCGGGGUUCAUUGUGGUGUCAGCAGAGGCGCCGUGCUGCUGCAUGUUUAUUGAUUUCGUCCAGCGCUACUCCAAAUUUGUGGAGGAGCGACCACAGUGGCAGAAGGCUGCUCUAUAUAUUGUGCUAUCCCUGCCCGGUAUCAUCAUGUGCCAGAGUGUAUCCAUAUUCUUCGGGUCAGGCUUCAUCUUUUUAACUGGAGUGCUCUAUGGAAUGAUGGCACUUGGCAGGAAAGGGUCGCGCAACGACAUGCUGGCGGCAGCGCAAGCGUCGGGUCCCGUGGGGGCGACGGGCAUGAAGAGCAGCCUGGUGAACAUGGAGGCGCCCCCCGCCACCUCUUGAACGUCUCGCUGCGGUCACCGCUACACACAUUCCUUCUUAGACACCACCUUACUCCAUUCACUGCUUCUCUUCAAUAAUAUAAUGUUCUUUUCUGUUAGCUCUGCAUGAUGCUGAGAAUUUUAUUCGUUUUUUUUUUCUUUAAAAUUUAACAUUAAUUUCUGUCUCUGCUCCUAUCGCAGCUACUCAGUUCUAUAAAUAGUAAUUGUUGCGUUAGAAUGUCCAACGAAACAUUGGUCCGUCUUUUUUUUCUAAACUGAAAUGACAUUGUAUUUUUUUCUCUCGUCUCUGAAUACUAGAUGCGCUAUCUUGGAUUUCACCCUCUGAUUGUCUAUCUUAUUGCUAGCUUUUGCUUCUUUACGUUGCAAGUCUACCAUUUUCCCCCGACUCUACUCACGCACCUCUUCUUGCGAAGUCUCCAUGUAUGUCUUCCUGGAAUUAUCACUGCGCUAUAAGUCUCUCGUCUGCCCCUACCAAAAAUUUCCAUCCCAUCCAGGAAUUUAUUCAGUAUAGCUACGAUCGUUAACUCAUUGUAAAUGUAUCUAUCUACACUUCAAUUUCCCAUCUGAAGCGCAGCAAAUGCGAUUUAUUUUCUACAAAGAUGGCAAGCGGCAGAGCUGAAACUAGCCGAGUUGGCUGGUACGUAAUUGAUCAUUUGCGAGUCGGGAUGUAUUUUUGUCGCUCGCAAUUUCUUAAGAAACAAACUAUGUUAACUCUUCGUGUGGCCAUGGCGUUUAUCUCUUGCUGGUUGUGAAGCAUUUCAUGAACAGCUAGUGGUUCUCGCUCGUCGCCUUGAUAUUGAUGUGAUUUUCUUACUUCAUAACAAAUCCAUUUGUUGCUACUGAGCGCGCUUUUAAAUUAUACAGAAACGGUCCACGACCCAAGACCUCGCCUGAGUCGUGCCACUUACAUUUGGUCUGGCUUCGUAUGAGAACUUCAAAUCCAUAUCGAAGUAGUGUUGUUGAUGGUGUCUUUACUGUCGCUGUUGUCAAUUUCCUGCUACUGUUCAUCACGCGUAGGGUUAGACGUCACUGUAGGCUCUCGUUCCUCGGAAUAAUGGGCAUCGUAUGUAGCUUCUUAUGAUAGAUUCGAUUUUCCCUUCCAUGAACAUCAUUUUAGAAACUUUGUUUAAACCUCAAUUUCCAACGCGGCUGCCUUUUUUGAGUUAUUAAAAUAUAUUUUUCGUUGGUUUUUAUAAAGCUUCUGGUGGUGCAGUUGCAGCCGUACAGGUUUUCUUUGACUCAUCGAGUUUUGGUCCAUAGGUUCUUUGUAUUCGGCAGUGCCCGACGGUAACUGUUGACAUGUUAUUGCUGUUGACAAUUUUUGUGUGGUAAGUUAAGAUCUGUGUAAAGUAUGGAACUUUAAAAUAACAUCUAGAGCUUUGCUUAUUACGACAUAAUUUUAUUUUGACACCUAGCGCACGAUUGCUGCUCGCGAGGAUGAGUUUUGAUGCGGACUCGUCAAGCUUUUCCAUGCAUUGUUGUCUAUUAACAUAAGCGCUUAUUUUUUAUGUUUUAGCUGACCUUAUGCUACUCAUAUUCAUUAUUCAUAACCGUAUUAGUGCCCUCAAACUCAGCGCGAACGAGCUCGAGCGUUAUUUUUCUUUUUCUGGUAAUUCAUGCUUCUAUAAUUGAAUUGUUCAUUGAGAUCGUGCAAGAAAUAUUGUGGUUUUGGUCUAAUGAAUCAAAAAUACUAUCAAAGUUUAAAUUAUAGGACCUUCGUAAGUUCGUACCCGGCAUUAGUCAUUUGAAGCGUAGAAUUGAGUAAUCAUGAAGCUCGUCUUCUUGACAGUAGACGCAAGCGGCUGCUGAUCUAAUUCGUUUUUUCUUAGGCCUUUACACCUUUAAAGUCGAUUGAUGUAAUCAAUAUUUAUUUUAUUCUUAACAUAUUUUUUAUUACUCCCGAUCUAAGAUAUAUAUUUGGUUAGGCUCUAAUUUAAGCAUUAUAUUUUCAGGAGCCAUAAACUGGCAUUAUGUAAAUCUUGAUUCAUGUGACGCUACAUUUACCUUUUUACUAUUUUUUCGUUGAUGGUCCAGAGUUGAGAAAUUUCAACAAUGUAGUACAUCGUUAUCGGCAA